AAAGUCACAUAAUCACAACCCUCUUUGUUUUGUUUAUAUGGUUGUGGACUUUUUUUUUUAGAACAAGGGAUUUUGUAAAUUUUCAUACAGGUAGAGUAAAAAUUUAGAGACCGUUAGUUUAAAAUUCUGUGUUGAAGUGUAAAGGGUCUGCUCUACGUUGCCCUAUACCUGAAGACUUGACACGGUAAACAGGCAUAUGUAUAUUUGGUAUAGUAUAUGAAACAUGAGGAGUAUUUAGGAAGAUGAACCGUCUGUGGACUGCCGUUUUUCUUUUAACUGGGGUGGAACUUAGCCUGGCGUGGGAAAUCAAAGUUUUGGAACACAACAAUCAAACCACUACUCCUAACUUUACCUUCACAGAAAAAAGUUAUUCGAACAAAGAUGAUGCCACAAUCGGUACGGCUGUUGGAGUAACAAUAGCCGCAAUCGCUGCCAUUGGCAUCAUCGUCAUUAUCAUCAGGAGAUGGAAGCAAGUGUCUCCGUUGACAUUUAUUCGUAACUGUAAUAAAUCGACCUCUACGGAGGAAGAGGGUGAACCAAUGAAGGAUAUGAAAACAAACUAGGAUGAUCCUUUAGAGGGCUGGACUAUCCUAAUCUCUUUAAGAUUAUUUCUGUUAAAAGGUUUAGAUAUAACAUUCAAAUUAAAAGUUAAAAUAG